UCUAGGCAUUUUCUAACCAGGUCCACCUCUCUCUCUCUCUCUCUCUCUCUCUCCAAACAAAUCCCUAAAAACCCAACUGGAAUGUAAGGGGGCUGAUAGAAGUAGAACAACUCGAAUGCUAUUACAGAAAAAGUGGCAUGUGGCUUCUGUAGGAUUCUUAACCAACAACAGUUGCCACUUGCCACUGACAGUCUGGUAGAUCAGCAAUGACUAAUGCCUCCUUUGCUACAUUCCGCGUCAUUCACCAUAAAGCAGUAACACCACUGACCCGAAGGAAGAAUCCUAGUGAAGCAUUCAGAAUGUUUUCGACCUGUGAAUUUCAAUGGAUUGCUCCAACUGCUCCUCUCCUUAUCCUUCCCCACUCAUCAAUGGUGUUUACUUCCCGAUUCACUCCAUCUGAUGCCCCGCAACGCUCUGAGGAAUGGUUUGCCCUUCGCAGGGACAAGUUAACAACAAGCACCUUCAGCACUGCUCUGGGAUUGUGGAAAGGCAGCCGUCGAUGUGAUCUCUGGCACGAGAAAGUUUUUGACUCAGAAGAACAACCAGUGGAAGCUUCUAAAAAGGCUGCCAGUGCCAUGGAAUGGGGAGUCCUCAAUGAAGCAGCAGCUAUUGAACGAUACAGAAGCAUUACUGGUCGCGAUGUGGGCACAUUAGGAUUUGCAACCCACUCAGAGGAGCGAUUUGACUGGAUUGGUGCCUCCCCUGACGGCCUCCUUGGGUGCUUUCCCGAAGGUGGGAUUUUGGAAGUGAAGUGCCCUUAUAACAAAGGGAAGCCUGAGCUUGGUUUGCCCUGGAAAUCUAUGCCAUUCUAUUACAUGCCUCAGGUGCAGGGUCAAAUGGAGAUAAUGGACAGAGAUUGGGCUGAUUUGUAUUGUUGGACUCCGAAUGGAAGCACAAUAUUUCGGGUCUGUAGGGAUCGUGGUUAUUGGGAGUUGAUACAUGGGAUUUUAUGGGAGUUUUGGUGGGAAAAUGUGAUUCCUGCUAGGGAAGCUUUGCUGCUGGGGCAAGAGGAAGAAGCCAAGAGAUACAUGCCGUCGUCAACACACAAACAGACAGGACAUGUAAUUUUUAAGAGCAUAAAGUUGGCUACCGAGGCGAAGUUGUUGUGUAGAGAGAUUGCCGGUCAUGUUGAAUAUUUCAGUUGAUGGGCUGUGAAUGUAAGGAUGAGCAACCCUCACCUGUCUCUUUUGAUUAUGAUCUGUUGUCUCCCUACAUGCAUUCAUUCACUAAAACUAAUUAUAUCCCUUUUUAUAUUCAUUAUGUUGCAAUAUCCUUGUUGGUUAUGAUUUCCUAA